AUGAAGUGGUUACUUCGAGUUCUGCCACGUCUCCGCAAAAAACAGAGUACUAGAAAGCAAAAUGAUGCACGAAUUGUUGAUAAUCCGUCUCGAUCCGUCGAUGUAAUCGAGGUUCCUCGAGCUCCAGGCGGCUCCAAGGAAAAACGGGAAUUGACUCCAGACGAAAAGCUUGAGAAGUGCGAUAUGCAUGCAAGUGAGGUUGCUAAGUUGGACUGGAAUUGCAUUUUGAUCUACACCGAUGCAGGCGACAAAGACGGAAAGAGAGGAAUGGCGGGAUGGUUUGGAACUGGACAUCGACUCAAUUUUGGCGAACCCUUGAAAGCAACGCACCCGAAGAUGAAGCACUCCGAGUAUCUGGAAAUGAUUGCAGUUCAGGAAGCGCUUAAUCGGCUGUCACAGUGGUCUGAUUAUUGUUGCCAACCUGUGAUGAUAUUUACCGAUAACGAGCAAGUCGUCAGACUGUUGGAUCCUAGCAAGGAACCGACCUGUCAAAAUGAGUACGCCGUGAGAAAAGCAAAAGAAAUCCGCGCUCUUAUACUGGAGACGUUCCAUGAUCGGGUACAGGUCAGGCAUGUGAAAGGCCACAUCGGCAUACCUGGCAAUGAGAAAGCAUUGGUCCGCGAGGUCCGCCAAAUG